UCGAAGACAAUCAGGAAUAUCACAAAUCAAACGUACCGCCAGAGGGCGUCAUUAUCGAUUGGGUCGAUGCCGAUGCGUUUAAAGUGGUGUCAUUUGUGGUUACACGACCGGUGUUUUGGUGCCGUGUAUUUUUGUGAUAUGUCGGUAAUUGUGAAAGUGGAAAUUAAACAAGAAGACAACAUAAAUACCGCCAUUGAUGAGAAAAUUUUACUGAAUGAUGAUGUCUCUGGAAUGAUAAAGCGAGAACUUGAUGAGAAUACCAUCAGUAGGGAUUAUCCUAAUGUCGCAGGCACUUGCAUAGACGAAAAUGAUGUCAAGCAGGAAACUGAAUCUUUGAUCGUACAUUAUGAAGAUUUCACCCGAUCGCAAACUUCGAAAGAUUUAAAUUGUGCUCAGUGUAAUUACACAACCAAAAAUAAAUGCAGUUUAAGGGCGCAUUUACGAACUCAUAAGGCUGUUAAAGAUUUCUCAUGUGAUCAGUGUAAUUACGCAACCAAUAACAAAUACCAUCUUAAACGACAUCUAUUGACCCACAAGAAGAUAUUCAAGAAUUUUAAAUGUGCCCAGUGUGAUUACGCAACCAAUGAUAAAUCCCAUCUUAAACGGCAUCUAUUAACCCACAAGACAUUAAAGGAUAUUAAAUGUGAUCAUUGUGAUUACGCAACCACUAAUAAAUCGAAUUUAAACAAACAUCAGCUUUCACAUAAACUUUUCAAGGAUUUUAAAUGUGUCCAGUGUGAUUAUGCAACAAAUUAUAUAUCUCAUUUUAAAACGCAUCUGCUCUCGCAUAAACCUUCUAAGGAUUUGAAAUGUACCCAGUGUGAUUACGCAACCAAUGAUAAAUCCCAUCUUAAACGGCAUCUAUUGACCCACAAGACAUCGAAGGAUAUUAAAUGUGAUCAUUGUAAUUACGCAACCACUAAUAAGCCCUGCUUAAAAACACAUCUACUUUCACAUAACAAGGAGUUCAAGUGUGUUCAGUGUAAUUAUGCAACAAACAGUAAAUUACUACUGAAAAGACAUCAGUUUAAACACAAAAGCUAACUAUUUUAAAUGUGGUGAGUGUAGUUACACAGAAAAAAAAAUAUUGUGUCAUCACAAGGCGUAACCAAUUACAUUCUAAGGAAUUAA